AUGAGAGAGAGAGGGAGAAACACGGGAUGGGUAAAUACAGGAACAGAUAGCAAUAGGGAGAAACACGGGUUGAUAUCUCCAAAGCGCGAACUAUUCAGUCUGUUCAAUUGGACGGACAGGAUUAUAGACAUUUAUCUUGCGCGGAAGAACAAAAAUGGACAGAUCUAUCUAUUUGCGUUUAUCCGAUACACCACAAAAGGUGGAGCAUUGAAGGCUAUUGCAAAAAUAAAUCACAUGGUGUUGAGAGGUAAGAGAAUGUUUGUUGCAGAAGCAAAAUACAGAAGAAAACAUGAACUGAAGGACGUUAAAGGAAAAGAAGUGGAGGAACCGGCAAGAAAAGAGCAGGAAGGUGGACCUCAACAGCACAAGAUUGCAAGGAAGAUGGAAGAGCAUGUGGAUAAUUUUGCAAGAGAUGCGCAGGGCAAGGACCCAAAUAAGAACGGAUGA